CUCACGCCCCGUCGCUAGCCAGAGACGGACGGACCAGCCCCGACAGCAGCUGCCACUGGUGACGAGAGAGGCGCCGUACAGCAGACAUCAUGAGCCUGAACAUCGUCGCCUCAGUGACGGAGGAGACCAAGCAGAGUGGAGAUGUGGUCGCCAUGGUCUACCACAACGGCAAGCUCUUCACCGGCGCCGAGGGCGGCAAACUCAUCAUUUACAACGCCGACUUGACCAUACAUCAAGAAAUACAGGCGCAAUACAACACAGUGAACUCAAUGUGCAUCUUUAAUGGAGAUCUGGUCACCACUGGUAAUGAUGGUCUGGUGAAGAUCUGGGACGUCAACACUCUGGAACUGAAGAAGACGCUGACCGGUCACGACAAUGAGGUCAGGAAGCUGCUGCCCACGCCGGAUCGGCUCUACUCGGGCGACAUGAGUGGCAAGGUGAAGAUCUGGGGCACCGACGGCGCCGGCCAGUUCACCCUCAACUGCGUGGAGGAGGUGUGGGACAUUGCUGUGGCCGGCAGCAUCUGCUUCACCGUCAGGGACAAGGACAUCACCUGCUCCGAAGUCAUGUUUAGAGAAACAUCGGCCGGCGACACGAAGUUCGUGAUCCUGACGUCGUUCGAGGGCCGUCCGCCGCUGAUGCUGGUUGGCAACACGCUCUGCUUCUGCGACCGGCCCGGCAUGGUGAUCAAGCUCAAGGCCAACGAGAAGGGACAACCGGACCUUGGCCAGCUUGAGGGGCACACCAAGAUCAUCACGGCAAUGGCGUCACGUGGUAACUACCUCUACAGCGGCGGCUACGACAACAGCGUCAGGAUCUGGGAUGUCCCCGCUAAGAAGCUGGUGGCCACUGGAACCACCGUCAGCAACGCCGUGCAGUCGCUCGCCGUCGGCGACGACGGGUCUGUGUUCGCCGGCCUCGUUGGCGGCUACAUCGUCAAAAUGAAGCAGCAGUAGCUGCCCCUGCGCCGCCGAGCCCGUCCAGCUGCCCACCGGGUGGAGGAGCUGCCCAGCCGCUCCGGCGGCGACUGAGACCGACGGCGCGCCGGCGGGGGCGCGGCUGGCGGGCUGAAACUGGGCGAUGACGGCUUCAGGCGCACUCUUCAAACAUCGACGGAUGGUCCACGCAGGGCGGACGCGGCGCCGCCAGCACGGGGGACGAGCGGGUCCGUCGCGGGGGCUCGUCUGUCACCAUCACGCUGUUCUGAUGAGGCUGGUCGGGGCAGGACCGAAGGCUGACUGUGACGUCUGCACCCUGGUCACACGAGGACAGAGGCUCACAGCUGGAUAGAGCGUGACUGAUAGCAGACCCGACUGAUGCGUGAACCCGUUUCCGUUUCCGCCGCUGCGGAACCAUGUGCCACGCAAAUGUUUGGUAGUUUAAUUGUCGUGCGCUGCUGGUCGCUGGCUGUCAUGGACGUGACUGUGUGGGGUGUUCUCCUUCCUCGACUGUUCAUCAAUACUGAUGCCGUGUCUCCGGUGUGAUGAGCAGACUUUGGUGUAUCCAACCACCAUGCAUCGGAUUUGUAAAUAAAUAGCCCGCUGAUAAA